AUGCCCACUACUUCUCCCUCCGUGAGAAUUGUCGAAGUGGGACCCCGCGAUGGACUACAAAACAUCCCAACAAAGAUUCCCACUUCAACCAAGCUGGAGUUGAUUCGUCGACUGCGGGAAACUGGCCUGCAGACGAUUGAAUUGACAUCUGUGGUGUCACCCCGCAAGAUUCCUCAACUUGCCGACUGUCGCGAGCUUUUGCAACAUUCUUCUAUCCAGGGCUUGGCAAAAGAUCCGAAUCUACGACUACCGGUGCUGAUACCGAACCUCAAGGGUCUGGAAAUUGCGCGCACAUUAAGCGUCAGGGAGAUUGCUGUUUUCAUCAGUGCCACAGAAGGGUUUAGUCGGGCCAACAUCAAUUGCUCCGUGGACGAAGGGCUCGAACGAGCCAAAGAGGUCGCAUUUCAAGCCAUUGCAGCCGGUCUGGCAGUUAGAGGUUACGUUUCGUGCAUCUUCUCCGAUCCAUACGACGGCCCAACGUCUCCAGCUGCUGUCCUCCGCUGCGUUCGCGCACUGCUGGAUGCCGGUUGCUACGAGGUCAGUCUCGGUGACACGCUCGGGGUAGGAUCACCCGCGAGUGUCCGCAAUCUGCUUCAGUAUCUGACCGAUGCCGGUGUUCCCGUCAGUAGUCUCGCGGGACACUUUCAUGACACCUACGGUCAAGCUGUCGCCAACGUCUGGGAGGCCUAUACAUGCGGCCUUCGCGUGUUCGACAGCAGUGUCGCCGGGCUCGGAGGAUGUCCCUUCGCUCCGGGAGCCAAAGGGAACGUCGCCACAGAAGAUGUGGCCUACAUGUUCCAAAACGCCGGUGUCGAGACCGGAAUUGAUCUUGCUGGUCUGGUGGAAACGGGGUCCUGGAUCUCGAAACAGCUUCCAGGUUCCAACUCAACCCGGGCAGGCAUUGCCCUGACCGGGAAGGCCGCCAAGGCUUUCCCUUCAACAAAGGCACAAUCCACGCAACCAUCACCGUCAUUCCAAUGGACAUUGGCCGUCGAUUCUGAUGGAAUUCAACUUCUUCGGAGUGGAGCCAAUUUGAAAGUUCUGCUGAAUAGACCACGCAACGGCAAUGCGCUGACCGCCGCAAUGAUCGCAGAGCUCACAUCAGUCAUGUCCACCGCCAAUUCUGAUCCAGCCGUAUCACGUAUCAUUAUUGUUGGUAGCGGCAAGUUCUUCUGUAUGGGGAUGGACUUAGGAAAACAUAGAACGCCGGUGGCGCAAGGAGGUUCGAGCAGCGAAGCGCAGUUUCUUCGCUUGACAGAACUGUUCGACGUGAUCGAUCGGUGUCCUAAAGUGACCAUUGCCUCCUGCGAUAUUCGACUUGCGGCAAGGUCGGCGACGGUGACACUAAGUGAAGGCAAACUGGGCCUUUGUCCAGCGACCAUCUCCAAGUAUGUUAUUCGGGAAUGGGGCGUUGCAUUUGCGCGGGAGGCCAUACCCUCCGCACGUCCAGUCAAGGCCGAACGGCUACUUUCCUUGGGGCUGGUGGCUGAAAUUGCAGGGGAUCCGGAGGACCUGCACAAGCGAUUAGAUGAUCUGCUUGCACGCCUCAGACAUGUCUCACCUCAUGCUACUCAUAUGUCGAAGGAGCUGGUCAAACUCGCCUGGACACAUGCUAGCAAGGAGGAGCAAGCAGCGGGAAUCAAAUCUCUCUUUCACGAAAUGAUGCGGCCAGAUGGAGAGGGCGCCCAUGGAGUUCGGGAGUUCCAGUCCGGAAAGCUGUUGAAUUGGGAUGCCUACAUCGAGAGUGCGAACAAGGCAAAAUUGUGAGAUGCAUUCACUUGACUCAUACUCUCACCUAGAAUCUGCCGAUCAAUGUUGUCUUCUGUUAAUCACCGCGUUAAAGAAGCAAUGCUGAUAUCUCUGUUCUUAGGAGUCGAAAUCU